AUGAACCCCGACUCUCUCCCACAGCCGCGCUCGGCCUCGUCGAUAUCCACCUUCUCAAAGACCCACAGCGUCCACAGUUCACGUGCAGCGGCCUUUAACGUCAAGACCUACGUCAACACCGCACCGCCAUGGGCAAAAGACGAGCCUCCGUCGCCGAAGGAGGAGUUCAGCGAGAAGUUCGGCCGACCAUCGACCGACCCGCGCAGCCCGUCCGAUGUCGCGUCUCUGCAGUCUUCUGCUCCCCCAGAUGACCCCGGUCCCUCGCGCUGGUGGACGUUCGCGCGGCACCGGCAGGCGGACUCGGGUACGAUUCCACUCUCGCCCAGCAACUCCUCCCCCCGCCCCCCGCGCCGGCCCCGGGACGCCGGCCGGUCCAUGUCCAUCCCGUGGCUGACCAGCUCGAUGCUCCGCAAGUCGCAGGAACAGGCGGACGAAGAGGCGGCUGACGGGCGGCCCAGUCUCUCCUCCGGUCCCAUAGACGUCGAAGCCCCGACCGAGUCUGCACACUCGUCGGAGUUUGGCAGCGCCCCCCGCCUUGCAAACCGCAGCCGAUUACGCAUCGACAUGCCGCCGCCGCACGCCGACUUCACCCUCGCACAGAACGCCACGCCGGGGUGGGAAACACCCUGGGCGUCCGCGCACCCAAACGGCUCGGGAGCGCGGAUGGGAAGCAGCCGGGACGCUCACACUGAGCACGAGGGCGAGAAGCUCUCCCCGUGGCAGAAGCGGCGGAAACGGAUCCGAGCGUAUGUUCUGUACAACGUCUACGUGCCGCUGCUAUUUCGACUGUGCAACAUCGCCCUCACGUCAGCCGCGCUGGGCAUCGCGAUCACCAUCCGCAAUGUAGAAAAGCGCAACGGUGUAGUUGGUGCCCUCGGACCGUCUCCUACGCUGGUGAUCAUUUUUGGGAGCCUCACCCUCCUGCACGUCAUGAUAGCCAUCUACUUUGAAUACUUCGGGCGCCCGUUAGGGUUGUGGCAUACCUCCUGGAAGCUAGCGUAUACGCUCUUCGAGGUGGUUUUCAUCUGCACCUGGUCCGGGGCCUUCGCACUCUCUUUCGACAACUUCUUCACUUCCUUGAUACCCUGUGCUCCUGCAUCAAGCAUAUCAUGGUACAGCCAACUCCCGCGUCCCGCCCUUCCCAAUGGUAUCAACGGAUUCGAGGGCGGCGUCGGCGACACACUCUGUGACGAUCAGUUGGCGCUCAUCUGCCUCGUUGGUGUUGGUCUACUCAUGUAUUGCAUUAACCUGUUCAUAUCCCUCCUACGUAUUUUCGAGAAGGUGAAGUAUCACCCCACUUCAGUAACCGGUGUAUAA